AUGGGAUGUAUGAAUGCUUCUGGAUACAUAUCUGGACCCAUCGAACCAUUCCAUCAAUCCAACAAAUCCAAUUUUGAAGCAUUCCUAAUAGAGUAAUUGACACUCUUGGGAUUCCAAGAAAGUUAAAUUGUGAUUUCGAAAACUAUUGAAAUCAAAUUCAUGUAUCAAUUCAUCAUUAUCUCUCCCUGUAGACCCUAUCUAAAGGAAUUGCAAACCGUCAUUUAAUAAGACAUCCACUCCCCCUUCAAUAACAAUAUCUACUUGAUCCCAGUCCUCACGAAUCAGCUGAGAGAGAUCUACAUAAAGACAUCCGAAUUCCUAAUUAGAUUCCAAGAUUACAAAUUGAAUACUCUAAUCAACAAAGUGGGUCUCAAGUAUCAAGCUCUGCUUAGAGUAGGUGAUCUGUUCCCCAAAUAAUUGAAUCUAAGAUUUUACAAUAAUCAGAUCUCCAGGAUCCAAAUAGAUCCCACCAUCGUAAUAAUCGUCAUCAAUCAGACUGAUAUUGGUUAUGCACUUUUGUAAUUCAUUAAAGAUCUCAAUCAACCCUUUUUGCUUGUAUUUCGUUAUGAUGACAACAAUGAUAACCAACAUAUUAAUCUAUUCAUUGAGACCAAUUCAUUUCAAAAGUAUCAUCUCUAUAAUCCCUAGUUAUUCAGUAAUAAUUGGCGUCGAUGACAAGGAAGAUCGAUACAAUACUAUUAUCAAUCUUUACACCAAAGUCAUCAAAAAACAAAAGAAAAACUAGAAUUCUGAUUCUCAUUCCAGAAUACUUACUCAAUUCUUAAAUUAAGAGGAUCAGGAGUAGUUUUGGGAUGAUGGUACUCUCAUUUUCAAUUUUUUGGAUUCAACCCAAUCUCAGAUAUCCACCAACACAUCCAUAAUCACAAUUCAGAAUUACAAAAUAACAGAAAUCAAUGAAUUCAACAACAAAGGCCUGCAAUUUCAUACUCAAAAGUCUCUGCAAGAUAAAAAACACAUCGAUUAAUAAAUCUACAAGUCAAUUAAGCAGAUCAUGAUCAAGGAACUAAUUUAAGCACUUUAAUUGAAAUCUUCCUAGUUCUCUCAAUAUUUCAAAUUGAAACUGUCAACCCAGAAGAUUUAUAAAGAUUUGAAAUUGCAAUAGAAAAUCUACAUGCCUUCCCAAUUGAAAUUGCAAAAUGCCAACGAAAUCGAGAGCAAGACUCAAGAUAUAUUGACCAUCAUCAAGAAGGCCUCUUAUGACACAUUGAUUGUUAAGUAAUCCUCAAAAUUCCAAUUGCCAGAUAAGGAACGUAUCUAUUAGAUCUUGCAAUAAAUAUUCAAGGAUCAAGAUGUUAAUUAAGUGUAAAUUAUUAUCAAUUCCAUCUUGCAUGUCCAAUGGAGUCUUGGCGAUGAGAUCAUCAAUAGUCAAUUCAAUAUUCAAAAUCAGAACUUCCAGAAUUACAAGUAUAAAUGGAAGAUGAUCAAGUUUUAUGAUAAUUUCAGAAUCACGAAUCUUGCUCAACCCAAAAAGCAGUAGAUCUUCUUUUAAGCCAAAUAACUGCUGAAGUGUUUGACUCGAAAAUCUGAUCAAGAAAUAGUGAACAAAAUCACAAGUCAAAUAAUGCUGGAUAAGUGGAAUUUAAAUGAGGAAUACUCACCGAUCUGUGAUGUUUACCAGAUUUCAUUUAUUAAUUCAACUUCAGUGGAUGAAACUUCGCAGUAUCAAGAGAAACUGGAUAAAAUAGUGGUCUCGUAGGAGGUAUGCAAUUAUGUUUAUUAUUAAGAAUCAAUAUUUGAUCAUCUUUUUAAUGGAUUACUAGGAUCCCCAAAGGAUUAGUUAAUUGGAUUAGAUCAUUUCUCUCCCCUUACAAUUAGAUGUCAAAUUGAUCAUCCUGAGCAAAUCGGAGUUCGAUAAUGACAAUUUUGAACAGUUACUGAACAAGAAGAAAAUAGAAAAAAGAAUAUACCAAAAGAAUAUUCAGUUUUGGUUUCCCAUUUCAUCUGAAAUCAAUGACAUGCAAUUCUCGCAAUAUCUGGAAAUCUUCUACAAUCUUAAUCAGAAGGAAAACGUAAUUGUUAUCAACAACAAACAAUAAUUGUGUCACAAAAUAACUGGAUUCCACCUGAUUACAAUGUUGCAGGAGAGGAACUAUCAAGAGGACGAUAAGAAGUGCAAUCAUUUUGGAGCAAGAAAUCAACAGAGAGUUCAGAACAAUGAGUAAAUAAAGAAAGCAAGACAGCAAUUGAAGUAGAACAUUGAGAAGGAGAUCAAGCAGCAGCAGUAGUUGUCAUUGUAGAAUGAGCAGGAUCAUUCAACAAAUAUGAUUCUAGAUUUUAAGUGGGCCAAAGAGAAGACUAUUAAAUUGGAUGGCCAGUAGAGAGUGCAGGUGAUUUCUAAACAAUAUUUAAGGCCUAUAUUCAAUAAUAACAGUGGAAUAUAAUUUGAGAUAUUUUAAUAGAUAAUUUCUAAUAAACAAUACGAUUUUCAAUGA